UAUGCCCCUCCCGCCGCAGAGCGGUGGUCUUGCGUCCCGACUGUGCGCGGCAGCCGGACCCGGCUGGAGGGCGGGCGGACCGGGCCCGUGGGGCUGCUGCUGGGCGAUCCCGCCGGGCUGCGGGCGGCGCCAUGGGCUCUCGUGUCCAGGCUGAGUCCCAGCCUUGCUGAGCCGGCCUCCCCUGGAGCUUCCUGCCACGGAAGCCGCCCAGCACUGACCAUGUCCAUCAUGGACCACAGCCCCACCACCGGUGUGGUCACCGUCAUCGUCAUCCUCAUUGCCAUCGCUGCCCUGGGGGCCUUGAUCCUGGGCUGCUGGUGCUACCUGCGGCUGCAGCGCAUCAGCCAGUCGGAGGACGAGGAGAGCAUCGUGGGGGAUGGCGAGACCAAGGAGCCCUUCCUGCUGGUGCAGUACUCGGCCAAGGGACCGUGCGUGGAGAGGAAGGCUAAGCUGACCCCCAACGGCCCGGAAGUGCACGGCUGAACGGGUGCAGAGGCUCCUGGGCCUGUGUACAGCCAGCCGAGAGGCGUGGGCAGGGGAACCACAGACAUGCUGCCGUUUCAGAGGAGGGGUUGACACUUGCUGGCAUGGCCUCGCCGGGAUUCGUCAUCGCAUGCACUGACUCCCAGGGUCCCGGCUGUCCCGAGCCAGGAGUCGGUGGCCCUGGGCAUUCCCUCAGUCUCCUGGUGGGGCUGCCCAUUGCAGGCAGUGGGCAGGCCUGACCUUGCGGGGGCUCACAGCCCCAUAGCGCUUUUGUUACUUGAAUGUUUAGCUGAGCCUGUUUUUAAUGGAGCUACUACUGUAAUGCGUGAACUCACAAACCUGUGAACUGUAAAUAGGCCCCAGAAGCACGUGCUUAAGCCUUUUUUGCUGAUUUUUAAAAAUAUCAGAUAGCGCACAUGGGACUGAGCGUACUGAUGAUGAGCUGAGCCCAGGCUGUGGGGGGGUCUUAGACAUGUAAGGCCCAAGUGGCACUUGGCAGGGGCCUCUAAUAUAUACGUGUGUGUAUGUAGAGGAUGUGACAUGUCAGUUUUAAGUUUCGGGGCUGACCUGUUGGGGUGCUUUGGUGAUUUCUGCUUGGUUAACAAUGGAUAGAAGAACCACGCCCCCCUCUUUCUCUAGGUAGGUUUGGUCUUUAAAUACCAGUUCCUGUUGAUAGUGGAGUUAUUGCAAGGAAGCUACUGCAGCUGCGUGGGAGCCAGUGAAGGACGAGUCAGGGCACGCGUCCCGAGGGCUGCCAGGCGUCCUAGUGGCAGAGCAGUUUCUUGUCCCUUUGGUCUUGAGCAUGCUGAGCACUCCCCGUCCCCAACCCACCCAGCAUUACUUAGCAGGCUACCUUUAUCUGAAACCCAACUGGCCCAGUUAAGGGAAAAUUGUGGGUUUUGUUUGUUGUAUUUAAUAUAUUCUGCACUGGAGGGGAGGGGUUGGGGACAUUGAAGUUCCCCCCACACCUUCCCUUUUCACAAAUUAGCUUCCUUUUCAUUACCAUCCACCUGCUGGGUACUAGAUUUCACUUUCUUCACUGGGUCACCUAGGAGAGUCCCCUGACCCACCGUAAGAGUACUGAGUGUGGUGGAAGGCAGGUUAUUUCUUGUGUGCAUGUGCACACAGAAGCUCCCUGAUGGCAUGUGCUUAGUGGGUACCUGGGGUGGGGGGAGAAUAUUUGAGGUUCAGGACUUGGUUUUCAAAAACAUGAGUUGGAGGCUCUUGGUGGGGCCAGCGCCCCCAGCCUGCAUCUCCAAGGUGUCCCUUGUGUAUACUUCAGUGAACUCGCUUAGAUUUUUAAUCCCACCACUGUAAGCACAUUCGAAACUAUUAUGAUUAAACGGACUUGUAUCAGCACCCUCGGUAGUGAGCUGGAGGCCAGCCCUGGCUUCACCUCGGACUUGAGUGGCCUCCCAGCACAAUGGACAGGGAGCUCCCAGGGGGCCCUCAGCUGUGCCAGCACCUCCACCCCCAACCCCAUCAGAGCCCUGGCCUCCUGGUCAGGAUGAAAGCGGCUCCUAUGGCCUCAUUCAAGUCUCCUCUAAAAAGCAUGUUGAACUAAUCUAUUUUCUAGAACACCAACAAGGGAGCUUAGGGAACAUUUAUUGUAGCAGCAUAUGCCUACAUUGGGGGUCAAACAUGAAGUAAUGGCUUGGCAGGGAGGGGUAGCUAGUUAAGAAAUUUGAACUGAAGACAAGAGGAAAUGUCUUUGCCCCUAACUGGGCAUGGCCAAGUGUAAGAGUUGGACUGGAGACCAGCAGAGGCCCGGCAGGCCAGGAAGCAGGGACAGAAGCUCCAAAGGUGCCAACCUGAAGAUCAGGGAGGUUUGCUUUGUAAUGAAGGGUGCGCAAGAAAAAUGUGGAAGGUGUGGGGGUGUUUGAUCCAUUCCCCUCGCAUUCCAGAACUUCCAAGCUUUCUACCUCUACUUUCCAGAGCCUGACCUUGAAAAUGACCAUCCCUUGACCGUCAGACUUGCCCUGAGGUUUUUACCAUGCCAGUGAAGUUUUGGGUUUGAAUUGAAAAAUCACUUUCUCCUUAGUUUCACUCCUGGAAGUUCUCUCUCUCACUCCCAAGCUGCCAGAGACAACAUCUCUGCAGCUUGAAUGCAUCCCAUCAGCGUGGUGGCAGUGCCGGGUGAGGGUCGCAGGCACAGUGGGGCACUCAUGGGGGCGUCUGAGGAAAGUGCAAGUGCCUGGAGAACUGGUGAUCAACUACAUAAUAGCUCUCACUGUUCUUAUUUAUCAAUAGCUACUUUUUUUUUUAGCAUAGACACCAGAGCCACACACUCAACUGGCUUAGUAAGUUAUGACCUCUCACUGAAUUCUUUCUGAAUAGCCCACUGUUGCGUUCAAGUUUUUUGACCAGUCAGUCAAGAAAUGGACCUUUCAUCCUGCAUGUCAUCACAGAAGCAACAGUCGGAGAACGGGGAGGGAACUGUGACACUGAGCCACUAACACAUGGACUAAUUUUUCAGACAAAUCUUCAAUUGGACUGUGCUACUGUUUCUGUCUCAAAGCUACCAAGUUUGUGCAAUAAGUGGGAGGGAUGUCAUCCCUGUUCAAUAAAAGUUGAAUGACAUUCAAAUUGAUUUUCUAGACCACUGAGAAAAUCUUUAUUUACAAUAAAUUUCAAUAAAAUUUGCAUAAAUAUAUUCCCAA